CAAUUGAACAGAAUUUGUCCUCGUCCAAUUUUAAAGCGAAAACCAUGGUAUUUGAAACGGUAUCAUACAAAUUCAUCCUCAAAAAUUUGUAGUGGCACCGAAAUUUUUAUGUACCCUUAUCUGAAGAAGCUUCAUUUUAACAAAGCCUCUUUCUCUUAUUACUCUCAAUUAAUAGACCACUGUUUAUCCCUGAAGUCAUUAGAAUUUACAAAAAGCAUCCAUGCCCAGUUGAUUAAAGUCGGGUUCAAUGGCCAUACUUACCUGGGCAACCGCUGCCUCGAUUUAUAUUCUCGGUUUGGUAAUUUUGAUGAUGUUUUGGAGGUGUUUGACGAAAUUCCAGAGAAGAAUUGCAUAUCGUGGAAUAUUUGUUUGAAGAGUUUGCUGAAAGGCAAUCAGCUCAGCAAUGCGCGUAAGAUGUUUGAUGAAAUGCCUGAACGAGAUGUUGUUAGUUGGAAUUCUAUGAUUUCGGGUUACAUCUCAUGUGGGUAUUUCGAUUAUGCGUUAGAACUGUUUUAUAAAAUGCAGAAUGAUGGUGUUAGACCUAGUGCGUUCACUUUCUCGAUUAUUUUAUCGUCUGUGUCAAGUGCUUGUUACGGUAAGCAAAUACAUGGUGCUAUAAUUCGGCAAGGUGGGAGUUUAUCCAAUGUGGCGGUUGGGAAUUGUUUAAUUGAUUUGUAUGGCAAGCUUGAUUAUCUGGACUAUGCAUUUGGCGUGUUUACUAUGGAGGAGUUGGAUAUUAUCUCUUGGAAUUCAUUGAUAUCAGGGUGUUUGAAAUCAGGCUAUGCAGAACUUGCAUUAAAUCAGUUUUGUUUAAUGAGAUCCUCAGGGUAUUCACCUGAUGAGUUUACAGUAUCUACUGUAAUAACUGCCUGUUCUAAUUUGCGAAAUGUGGGAAAGGGUAAGCAAAUUUUUGCUUUGUGUGUCAAGGUGGGAUUUCUUUGUAAUUCCAUUCUUCUGAGUGCUGCUAUUGACUUGUUUGCCAAAUGCAACAGAUUGGAAGAUUCAGUUAUGCUAUUUGGAGAGCUAGAUCGAUGUGAUUCUGCAAUUUGCAAUUCUAUGAUUUCAAGCUAUGGAAGGCAUGGUUUUGGGGAGGAUGCUAUGCGACUUUUUGUGCUCAGCUUGAGGGAGGAUUUUAGGCCCACUGAGUUCACUCUAAGUAGUGUUCUAAGUUCUACUACAGUUCUUCCAGUAGAGUGUGGAAGUCAAGUGCAUUCCUUGGCCAUCAAAUUAGGUUUUCAGUCUGAUGCAGUUGUUGCUAGCUCACUUGUUGAAAUGUACAGUAAAUUUGGUGCAGUUGAUUCUGCAAUGAAAAUUUUUGUUAACAUGGAGAUAAGAGAUUUAAUAUCCUGGAACACCAUCAUAAUGGGCUUGUCUCACAAUGGUAGAUUGGCUCAAACACUGGAUAUGUUUAACGAACUACUUAAGAAUGGUCUAUGUCCAGAUCAAAUAACACUCGCUGGUGUUUUAUUAGCUUGCAAGUACGGUGGUUUUGUUAAUGAGGGAAUGUUCAUAUUUUCAUCAAUGAAAGAGGUAUAUGGUGUGAUACCUGGUGAUGAACAUUAUGUUUGCAUUAUUGACCUAUUGUGUCGAGCUGGUAAGUUGAGAAAAGCAAUAGAUGUGAUAAAAUCAAUGCCGUAUGAACCCAGUCAUUUAAUUUGGGAAUUAUUACUCUCUGCUUGUGCAAUUUACGGAGACCUGAAACUCAUUGAAUAUGUAGCUGAGAGGAUUAUGGACUUGCAACCAGAAUCACUUCUACCUUAUUUGCUGUUGGUUCAGGCAUAUGAGACAAGGGGGAAAUGGGAGGGCUUAGUCAAAGUGAAGAAGGCCAUGAGACAGAGAGGUGUGGUGAAGAAGGUAACUGGAUGCAGUUGGAUUGGAAUAAGAAACCAUGUAUAUACUUUUAAUGCAGAACAAUUACAGCUUCAUGGCGGCAAAGAAAUCUAUUUAUUAUUGAGACUACUGAUAUGGGAGAUGGAGGAUGAAGGCUUUUUUAUAUUUACAGCAUGAUAAAUUAAGUGCUAUGGGGAUUAAGAUCAUGGUGCAACUACAGAAAUGGAAAUUCUUCAUGUUCAAAUGUAGUGGUUUCGUGGAUACUUCCUCCAGUAAAGCCAUAAAUUAUGUGAUGACAGAUUGACAGGGUGCAGGAGAAGAAACAAAAGGGGUCAAGCAGGAGAAUCUUAACUUGUGGUGAGGUGGAGCUAUCUAUGAAAGAGACAUGUGGAAAGCUUAAAAAAAAGCCAAGGAAAUGGGGCAUAGCUGUGAGAAUAUUUGAGGGAGGCUUCCACCUUGGGAGGAAGGGCACCUCUAAUUGCCUGGGAGGUCUGGCACCUCUUUGUUGCCUGAAUUAUUUAAUUACAUGAAAUAGAGUUGUGUUGUAUUUGAUAGUUAUGUAGAAUGCUUCACUGAUUAUAAUUUGAGCAUUGGGCGUAUUAUUAAAAUGUAGUUUGUAAGAA